AUGGAGCACCGGUUCGAGCCUCUGUUGAUUUGCUCAACGAUACCGAGAUCAUUUUUCUCUUCCAGGUUACCAUCAAAUCGCGCUCCGCGAGCCCUCCUGGAGCCAUUGUCGCCUCCGGGCUUACCUAUCGUUGCCAGGGAUGAAGCGCAAGAACUGGAUCAGAUGAGCGAAGAUGACGGCCUCCCAUCGGCGCAGUCAAUCGAUCCCGAGUUCCCACUUCCAUCAUCGGGGUUCGGUAAUGCAGUCACGAUAACGGAUGUCAUACUAUCAAGUGUGGCUGACGGAGAUCCGGAUGAAGCCAUGCAGGAUCUUGAGAGCGAACGCGAAAUCAACGUCGCUGAGGACGUCACCAGGGUGCUACAUGAUCGUUUAGACUUCGAAGAAGAGGGCGAGGAUGCUGGCACUCCUGUACAGGAUGCAUCGACUCACACAGCCUCGCUGCAGUUCCCUCCGGUCUCCCCACCGGUUACAGAGACACCCGACGAUCUGUCUGAGCCCUUGCUCCCAAUGCGCAAAGUGGCUUUACAGCUAGAUCCUACGAUGCUACAGGCUCGCACUAAGCAUGAGUUCCUCGGAUCAGAGAUCGGCCCUGUGGAUCGAUCACCAUGCCAUACCGUACUCCAUCCACACGACACUCUUGCACAACAUCGCACCAAAAGCACAUCGCACAAUCACUCACUGACACCAUCCAAGACCACCUGA